CCUCCUCCUCCACUCUUGCCUGGAUGUCUCUAAUUCACCUCCCUCCGGUGACUCUGAAGCCCAGCUAAGAGAAAGCACCUUUCCACCACCCUCCGCAGAAAUACUCUGCGUGCUCCCUUUCUUCUCUCAAUGCUCCUCACAAUUUACCAGCUCUCUGAUGUGCCAGAGCUGGUAGUGUGGAUUUUUUCCUCAUCAGAGGAGUAGGGAGGAUUCUUUCCUCCCAGCAGCCUGGGUUGUGUGUGCUGCACAGCCCUUUACCAGCGGGCGCUGAGAUUCUGCGGCACAGAGGGUAAGUGCUGUGACAGGAUCCACUCAUCUUGCCUUUGCAUUUCAUAAUCCAUUCCGGCCCCUUGGCUGAAGGCACAAAGCCCUCUGCAUCCAAACUCCUGUUUAUUUGCUCCCGGCUCAGCUCUGCCACCGGAUCCUGGAGAAAAAUCAGCGGCUCAGGCUCCUGGCACUAGCACCAAGCAGCUGGGAUAACAGGGAGAGUGAUCUGUGUCUAACAGGAUGCCCUGACUGACGUGAGGGUGACGGAGGAGAAGGGCCACCAGUGUACCCCCGUGGCCAUGCAGCGCUGCUUGUCCCAGCAGGCCACCCCAGGCCCAGCGUGACCACAAUACCCUGCUUCUCCUUUUCUGGGUCCAACGCCUCCGUCACUGAACAGUUUGAUGGAGAAUCGGUCGGAUGACAGCGGGAACUGUUGUUAUCACCGGGGGAAUCCUAGCGACGGUGAUCCUACUGUGCAUCAUUGCUGUGCUCUGCUACUGUAGGCUACAGUACUAUUGCUGCAAGAAAGAUGACUCCAAUGAGGAAGAGGAGGAGGAGGAGGAAGAGGAAGAGCCCGACCUUCCCAUGCACUCUCACCUCGGCAUGUGCAAUGCCUGCAACUCACGCAUGGCAGAUGGGCAGGGCAGCCCCACGUCGCCCCACAGCGAGCUCAACCAGCAUGGGGCCCACAACUACUGCCCGACCUGCUCGCCCUACGGCUCCCCCUUUUACAUCCGGACUGCCAACAUGGUGCGCAAUGGGGGUGAGAGGGUCACCUACACCCCCACAUGCUGCAAGGAGAUGGGGCCACCCAUCAGCAUGGCUGCCCUGCAAAGCUACCCGGUGAGCCGCCACAGCCUCCUCCGCGAGAGCUUCCCCAACCCACGGGCUAUCAGCACGGAGGUGUAGUCACCGCUGCCACUAGCACAGGGUGCCCUCAGCUGGUGCCCACUUGAGGGAACGGGUUUUUCACUUGUCUUUAGGAGAGGGUUCCUCCAGAGAGGACUCCAGAAGCCCAGCCUGAGAUCAGCAUGGUCCUCUUGCUGAACUGCCUGGCACGGUUAAGCUUCCUGGGCGAGAAGAUGAGAGAGACCUUGCAGGAUGACGUUACCCGGCCACCUCCGAACCCAUCAUAAGUGUCAUUAUUACUCUACUCUCUCUCCUGAAGGGACUUGUCUAAUGAGGGCUAUGUACAGUACAACUUCAUUUAAUUACCCCAGGCUCCUCCAAGUCCCCAGGCCCAGAGCGAGGCCUUUGGUGUCUCCAUGCAAGCCCCACAAGGCAAUGCCCACUGCCUCCAUCAAACGGAGUGAUGUGUGACCAGCCACCAGCUCCCACCCCUGGCAAAUUCCACUGCUGAGCUGGGAAUGGCAGCACUCUUGGGUGAUGGGAAAGCAAAGCAAGGAAGAUCUGGAUCAUCCUGCUCCCCUCAUACUGCAUUCCUUGCUGCUAGUGGUUAGCUUUUAUGUUCAAGUGUAGACAGAACACCAUCUCCCACCUGCUUUGGUCUUUCCACAUGCUGAAGAAGUUCAAGACAUGAAUUUAGAUCACCAGGAGAGGCAAAGUUGCUUGCUAAGCCACUCACCUACUCAAGCAGGCACAGGCCAAUCCUUCCACAGCUGAAGCCUCCACCUCUUCUACUCUUCACAAGCUUUCUUAGAAGAGAUUUUAACUUGGACCCAUAAAAAUGGGAAGACUUUACUGACGGGAAGAGCUGCACCCCCAAAUAACUGCAGUUUUGGUCACC